CCGUGCUCUCGAAAAUUGAAGUUCGUGAUUCCGAAGAAAUUCAUUCACAAUGGCAAUCCGGCACCAGAACAAUGGCUAGAUAUUGGAGUGAUAAACCUCGAGGGUGCGUUCGAUGACGAAGGCCGUGAAUGCGUAACUAAUAUGCAGUUCUGGCAACUCCUUUUUCUCUAUUCCGCUUUGGUGAUGGGAGUAUGCUGGGCGAUGCGCAAACAAGGAGUUGCAGUACGUGGAGUGCUAAAAUGCGGUGCCGUCCCUGCUAAAAAUACCAAAGUUCGGAUUGUUGAUCUUGACUACGGACCGGACCCAGACGAUACGUUGGAUGAACAUUAA